UAGCUCCAUGGUUAUACCGAGCAGAGCUUGCACGCUCCGACGCAUUUUACCCGGUAUAUUCCGAUCGAAGAAAUGCCCUUAUUACGGGCCAUAUUAUUUCCUUUUCGAUUGAUCGAGAGUGUCAGACGUACGUAUAACAGUAUUGCAGUUACGUUGUCAUCAACAGAGCAAGAGAAGAGAAUAAAAUGGUGGCCAUAAUAACGUCUCGUAGAUUCUUCGUCAUUUUGUCUUUGUUUUAUAAGGUCGUGUCGCUAUGUCAGGCCCAGUACAAUGGCAAGCUCAUUGGAACACUCAGCGAUCUCUCAUCCCAUCGCAUUGCCGGCACAGUCUACGCUGAAACUUCGACUCAAAUCAGGAUCAUCGGCUUUAAUUAUGAUGGCUCUGCUCCAGAUGCUUUCCUUUGGGCUGGAGUAUCUGGGACACCGUCUUCUAAUGGUUUUAUCAUACCCGACGAAACAGGAAGCCUUUUAAAGCUUGGACAGUAUGAUAAUGUUGAUAUUUCAGUCACCCUUCCUGCUGGAAGAACUGUAUCUUCACUUGCUUGGAUAUCGGUUUGGUGCCGAAGAUUCACGGCAAAUUUUGGACAAGUGAUUGUCCCGGAAAACUUCGUAGCCCCCUCUCCUUUAAGCCUUGGUCCACUAGGUUUUCCACGCCUUGUUCAUGGAACCGAAGCAUCAGACGUGACCAUCUUAAAUACAAAGCAGAUCCGAGUUACGAAUUUGUUUUAUGAUGGCCUAGGACCUCGGGCUUUUUUCUGGGUAGGACCUGGAGGGACUCCUUCCAAUGGAGCCAAUGACCGUUCAAUACCAGACGAAAACGGAGGAACCGGUGUUAUUAGGAGAUACAGAGGGGAAACGAUCGUUCUAACUCUCCCUGAUGGGUUAACGGUAUCCGAUAUUGGGCAUUUCGGUUUGUGGUGCAUUGCUUUCUCCCAAGAUUUCGGACACGUAGAUAUCAGCAUACCGAACGACCACGACCUGCCUCCACUACCUCUUAACAGCGGGUCCAGCGGGCCGAGGAGACUGACAUUUCCUAACUGCGAAACGCUGGUCGAUGAAAAGUUUCAAGUGAGUUGGAACAUCGACGGGAGCGAUAUCAUGAUCAGACUGAGCACUCUCAUCGAGGACGGUGCCGACUACGCCGCAUUUGGUCUCAGUGGAUCGACAACGGGAACGCAAAUGAUCGGCGGUGAUGUUGUCGUGACUUUCAUGGAAAACCAGACUCCACGGGCCGUCGACUACUAUCUGAAAAGCCAAGCCCAGUGUACCCCUCAAAAUAGUGACGGAGCCUGUCCAGAUACAAUAUCAUCAGGACAAGGAAGCAACGACUCUGUAGUAGUGGAAUCGUAUGUAGAGAACGGCGUUACCCAUAUUACCUACAGUCGGCCUCUGGCUGCAACAGAUGCUACUUAUGACCAAGCUUAUACUACCAAUGGCCCUCUCUACGUCAUCUGGGCUCGAGGACCUAUUAACGCUGAUGGUCGUGUUGCUUUCCACAACAUAGGAUGGUCAGGAAGGGAUUCCGAUUUGCAGAUUGAUUUUGGACGCGAUAGCAGCACUUGCUCACCCCUAGGACAAGGUGGUACUGCACCACCAGUAGCAGAUGGCUGGAAAAUACCUGGUAUCACACGCCUUGAGGAAGCAACCUUUACCGUGGAAAUGGGACUCUCUGGUGGACGUAAAGGGUACCAGGCCAUCACUGGUCGUGUUGGAUGGGGAAUCGCAUGGUUUAUCAAUGGUAUUCUUAUCCCCGAGUUAACCCUUAAACGCAACGUCACCUACACAUUCCGUGUAUUCGGUGGAGAUAAUGCGAAUGCCAGUGGCAAUUACCAUCCUUUCUAUAUUACUGAUGACAUCAACGGUGGUUACGGACAACUCUCUGAAGCAGACAGACAGGGUAUCAAGAUCUAUGCAGGCCCUGUUGAGGGUCCACUUUGUCAGUACAUGAGCGAUACGGACCCUGAUUCGUAUAACACGUUUGACGAGUUUAAGGCAACCUUAGAAAAGAAUUGUAUGUUUGGUGAACCUGGUGUACUCCGGUGGACUGUGCCCAUUGAUGCUCCCGAUCUUCUAUACUAUCAUUGCUACACUCAUCGUUUCUUGGGUUGGAAAAUUCACAUCACAGACAGCGCCACCACCGUCUCCUUGUCUUUAUUCAACAUUGCUGUUCUCUUCAUCCUUUACCUAAUCUUGUAAAAAGUUUAACGAAUACAAUUACAUGAAUAUUCCUUUUAAAGUGGUAAGUACACUAAUUACAGACUAGUCCACGUAAUGGUCAGGACACUUUAGACACAGUUUCGAAUGAUCACAAUUCAUAAGUUAUACAGUAUUGAAAGAGUUCUUGUUCAGUGAAUCAGACAAAAUGACAUUAUGUAAGUUGCAUACACAAUUAGUUUUAUAAAAUAUAUUCAGCGGUAAUAAAACUUGAAAAAUUAAGAAUUUUGGUUGUGACAAAAUGUGUUUGAUAAACUUAGUAAGAUACGGUUGAAUAGUGUAAGUUUUACAGUAUUGAAACAAUUCUAGCUGGGUUUAUCAGACUUAUUUUACAUUCAGUUUUCACACACUCAGUGAUUUUUUAAAAAUUAUUAGUGAUAAAUCUUUGUCAAAUGCAUUGUAUAUGUGUCUGAAUGUUAAAUGUGUUUUACUCGGCAAGAACUGUGAAUAGUGUAAAUCUUAAAGUUUGAUUACUUAAGAACUAUCUGAAUGCUAUUUCCACAUGCUGGAAUGUGUUUCUGAUGUGUGCAAAGCUCCUAAAAGAUUCCACAAAGUGGAUUCGAGCUCUUUAUUAGUUGCAAUAUCGUUAAUACAUGUGUUACUUUAAAAGUAGACUCUGUAUAUACACUCGUCAAAAUGAACACAUUGAUAAACUAAACAGGUGUCUUACCUGUAAUAGCGACAACUUAUAUAUAUAUACAUAUUUACAUAUAUAUUUAAAUUUCAAAUUUUCCUUCUUGACUUUGGUUACUCAUUAUUUGUUAUAUACCCUAGACUUGUAAUGGAAAUAGUGUAGGGCUACAUAUAAGCUACAUCGUUUUAUGCAGGAUGCACAAAGAUUUACUACACCUUGUUUGAUCUCCUUCGUUUUAACGAGACGAAUAUGACUAUAUAUGUCCAGUUUAUUAUCCAUAAAUCACAAAAAUGUAUACAAAUUAUUCUGCUGAGAAAUUUCAUAGCGUAAUAUUUUUUUUAAACCUCAUAAGCCACUGUUUGGUUUCAGUUUCAGCCCUAGCAGACCUUUCAUUGUAAUAACGAAAGUCGGUCCAACACCAGCCUGGAGUCUAUAUCUAUUAGCACCCUAGAAGUAUCAAAACAACACCAUUUUGGUCUGGUGCUAACUCCAUGUAUGGCCUAUUACGUCUUUCUUGAAACAACACUAGCAAGAUUUCAUUCAAACGACACCGUAUUGAUAUUAAACGGUUAUUUUCCAACACUUAUAUGGCGUUCACUGAUUCCAGGCUCAUGUUGGACACAUUGCUUUUCGCACGGUUGCCAUUCCAACUCAUUAAUCAUACCAUGCGUUUUUAGAGUCAAAUGAGGGUGAUUUAAUUUUGAUUUUUCGAAGUCAAUCCUUCAUAUUCGUCAAAUAUAAACGAAAAUAUUCUGAUAGAAUUUAAAAUUUAGAACAUGAGCUCACUCAGCACUGAUUAUGAUAUUGAAUUGUUCUGCACAUCUUGCCAUCCUUAUCGGUAUAGGAGAGAUUUCUAUUGUGAUAGCGGUUUUAUUAAUGCAACAAUUUUUAUUGAUAACUUUGAUAUCAUGAAUUAUAGUCGGAAACAUACACUAUAAUGAAAUACAAGUCAUGGUCACACGCAAUCAGUAUAAUUCAUUGCAGUUGUUUAAUCACACUGAAGAAACUUUGGUCUUUUGAGCAAAAACUCCUAAACCUUAAACGCAGUUUUAAUUAUUUUUUAUUACUGUUUGGUAUUCAAGAGUUGGAUUGAAACGCAAAGUUAUUAAAACUCCUGCCAAAUGUCACUGUGCACAAAGUGAAUAACAUGAAUGAAGGUUUAAAACAUGAAUGCACAAAAUAUGUACAUACUUAGGGCUUAAAAUAACAUUUCGAUAAUAAUCAUCAAGCCUUAAUUUGUACUUUAUGUGUGUUGGGGUGUGUUUGAGGGUUUUAAGAGGGUGUGUGUGAUACUGUGUGAUAUAUUGCUCUAUGUUCUUUACUACUUUUUAUCAGUAUGAUUUCACUAAGUGAUAUGAAAAAAAACUGAAUAAAUGUACUUUGUAAAUUUGAAUGUGUGUAUGUUGGUAUACGUGUGUGUGUAUUUGUGCAGACGUUAUUUUUUUUGUAUUUUUCAUAGUCUUGCUCUUCUUGAAUAGAGAAAAAAUUAUUUAGACUAUUUUCUAUAAAUUUGUCAUGGAAUAAAUGCAUAAGUAGUAUAUUUGAUACUCUCUUUCUGCAAGAAGUUGCAUUCUACUUUCUAUAGCAGAAUAUUUUCUUUAAUAAAGGUUAAAUUUGAGUUGUUAUACAAGCGUACUAAAUAUAUUGCAAAGUGAAUAACUAUUUCAAGGUGAAUUUGUAUGAUUAUGUAGAUUUUUCUAUUUUCUACUACUUUGUGCUAUUUGCUAUGUUCAUUUUCGUAUCUGAAGGCAAUAAAAUGUUCAAUGUGAGUCUUUAAUGUA